AGUUAAACCCCUGGAUCCCUUUUCUGUCCCGUACUUGACUGGACCAGACAAGAAUCUGACAACAGAACAGCCGGUGGUUGUUUUACAAUGCGUGGCCCUCUUCAUCAACACGGCCAUGCUGCUCUGGACCGAAAGCGUCGGGGCGAUGCAGGCCUCGCGGUUCGUUUUAGGUGUGGCGGCGGCCUGCGGUGUAGCCACCUCAUCCUACAUUUACAGCAUAAUAGAUGAGAAGUGGUACUGGAAGGCCACUUCGUACUGCGGAAGCGCCAAGCACCUUGGUUACAUGCUGGGCUCGGCGCUCGGACAGCUGCUUGUCAGCUUCAACCUCAUUACAUACGACAAUAUCCUGGUACUCACUCUUGUUCUCAUCGCCGUGGCGCUCCUGGCCUCCCUUCUUCUACCGACGCCGCGGCAGAGCAUGUUCUUUCGCCACAGAAGUGCUGCUAGGAGAACAUCAAGAGAUGCAUCAAUAACUCAGGAACACAACAUACAAGCACAGCAAAUAUACACAAUUGAGAGCGAAACAGUGAGACAACCGCAGAGUGACGCAAGAAAUGAAGAGGAGGGAAACGUCUCCAAGUGUGAGGACCAAACAAAAAAAGGUGGACAGGUUCUUCUUCAAAUGUGGAGAGACAUUCUUGACUGCUAUUCAUCCAGACGGCUCCUCUACUGGUCGGUGUGGUGGAUCUUGGCAACGGUUGGCUUUAACCACAUGGGCGGCUAUUCUCAGGUGCUUUGGGAGAAUGUGGCGCCUUCUCGGAACAAUAGCGUUUACAACGGUGGGGUGGAGGCAGUGUCCCACCUGUUGAGUGCCGCAGUAGCCUAUGGCGUUGGGUUUGCCGACAUCAACUGGGAGGUGAGGGGCCAGCCGGUUCUGAGCGUUUGCACCGGCCUCGUGGGGGCGACGCUCUUCCUCAUGACCUUCAUCAACAACAUCUGGAUCUGCUACGCCAGUUACGUCGUAUGCUGCUGCAUGGAAACACUCUCCAUGACCGUAGCCACGUACCAGAUUGCUGCAGACCUAUCGACGGAGAGAUACGCGCUAGUUUUCGGCGCCAAUACUUUUGCUGCAUUGACUCUACAGAACAUCAUGACGUCUAUCGUGGUUGACAGUGAAGGCCUGGGACUAGACAUCGUUGUCCAGUUCAUCAUAUAUUCCAGCUACUUCACAGCCAUUGCUAUCGCUUUUGCUCUGCAUGCCCUGUGGUGGACAACACGAAGCGGCAACAAAGAAUUGAAACCCCUGGAUAAUAAUGAAACUGAAUUGAAUCUGGAACCUACCCUCAGUGAACCCGAACUAAAAUGUUAAAAAUUAAAUACUGAUUGAAAUUUUAAUUGGUUAAUUUGUUAAGUAGGUUCUAAGUCGAGCUCCAAAAUGCAAAAAGAAUAUGAGACUAAACAUUAAAUUAAGCAAACAACCAUUAAAUUGAAAUACAGCUGGGCUGCACAGCGGUCAUGUGGUUAGCGCGCAGACCUCGCAGCUAGGAGACCUGGGUUCAAGUCCACCCUCGGCUAUCUCUGUGUGGAGUUUGCAUGUUCUCCCCGUGCAUGCGUGGGUUUUCCUCCCACAUUCCAAAAACAUGCUAGGUUAAUUAGCCACUCCAAAUUGUCCAUAGGUAUGAAUGUGAGUGUGAAUGGUUGUUUGUCUAUAUGUGCCCUGUGAUUGGCUGGCCACCAGUCCAGGGUGUACCCCGCCUCUCGCCCGAAGACAGCUGGGAUAGGCUCCAGCACCCCCCAUGACCCUUGUGAGGAUAAACGAUACAAAAUGAAUGAAUGUUCACCAUCUGAUCAAAAGGUUUUUUUUUUUGCCCAAAAAGUUUUUUUUUUGACGCUGUUCAAAACAAUGUGAUAAAACACCAAUUUGUAUUUACUAGGAAAGAACAAGCAGCAUAUAGACAACCGCCCAAUCUCAAAUCAUCUCAGGUGGGAUCUCCUUGUCAGGCCCUUAACAUUGGAAGCCAUCAGGACUUUGUUCUACCUUUCAAUGCCCCAUAACGAUGGGACCACUAACAACCUAUUUGGCCUAAGGAUGAAUGACCGUCUUACUGCGUCCAACAUUGCUUAGAAGCCUUGCUUAUGCAGCGCAACAAUCUGACUGCAUUCAAAGAACUUUUUUUUUUUUUGCCUUUGCCAAUUUUUUUUUUGCCAAUUUAUUGGUUAUUUGCACUCAAUUUUUCCCCCCAUUUCUUCUUUUUACAUUUUACAAUACUUGUAUAAUAAUGAUAAUGGUAAGAAAUCCAUUAUAAGUCAAGAUCAUAAAAAAGUAAUGACUCACUGCAGCACAAUAAAAAAUUAACCCUUUUUAUAUAUUUAUAUAAACAGCACAAAUAUACAAUAUAGUCAUACAUCAAUAUAAAUGACUGGUUUGGUCAAUUCUUAAAAUCCAUUUGAAUAUAUAUAACUUUAUAUAUAUAUAUACAAAUUAACUUAAAAUUGUCUCUUUUUAUCCGAUGUAAAGUGGUUGUCAGUUCACGAGCCAUCUCGACACGGAUGUAGAGGAACAUUGUGAAAGGGCGGAGCCUGGCAGUCGGCAGCGGGCAGCGGCGGCGGCACGUAACGCAGCGUUAAUUUGUAACCUCGCGUACAAUUUCAUGCAUCAACAUCUCCGGUUUUAACUGACAGUAUUCAGCACAAAUAAACAGUUUGGUUCUUUACAAAUACAGCAACUGGCAGUUAAGUAACCCAAUCGACAAUCUUGUGUUCGAUACAAAUACUGAUAUGCACAAAAAAAAGCGGCUUUCCUGAAAGACGGAAUAUUCAUAGUUUCGGCAUGGAGAUCGACUACACUGCUUGCGAUAACUUUUUUUUUGAUGAUCCGUUGCAGUCACGGGUUUAAAUCGGAGAGGAGGGGAUCAACCUCUCCUUCCGCACGCGCCGUUAGCAUAUACAGUGUCACGACUUGUCACGUCCCGUAGCGGUCGAUCUUCGCCAAAGCUUCCCGUACAAACGUUUUGUGUGUUUUAAAGCUACCUGUGAAACUAAACAGUGAAAUAGGUGCAGACGUGUGAGAGCAGCUGAUUGGCUAUAAGAAGGGAUUUGUCGAAGAACCUCCCGUUGGAUACUGCGCACCUGGACCUGCACCCUGGAAGAGACACGGGCACAAUUUAAGUCAUUUUCAACAUUCUCGAAUAUAUUUAAUUUCAUUUUAUAUAUUUCACAAACCAGAAAAGGGUUGCUGGACAUCACCGGUGCGGCCAUCGCCUGCCCAAAUGGGGUCACCACUGGCUUGCCCGGGGCAAAGACCGAAAAUCCUCCACCUGUAAAAACCCCACAGUUGUUGGAUUUGCAGAGUUCAGCUGGAAUGAUGUGACGUGUCUUGAUUUAUACAUUCACAGCGACACACACACACACACCGUUGGGUUGCUGGGGGUACGGCGGCGCUUGUGCGAAGGGCAUCUGGCCGGGAAAAGGUUGCUGGAAGGUUCCGCUAAAACUGGUGGGGAGGUUGUAGGGUGCAGCGUUGCCAAAUCCGGCCGGCAUGCUCAUGGAGGCGGUGCCAAAUGUGGCUGCAACAUAAAAAUUGAUGUAGAUGAUUUCAUUUAACGCCUGUAAGGAAUCUAGCUCCACACAAAAAACAGCGAAAACAGUGUUGGACGAUGAAUGCGGUACAGACACGCUUUGACCAACCUGCCGCGGCCACGCUUGCCACUCUGUUGUUCUGGAAUGGGUUGACUGGUGCUGUUGCUGGGGCGACACCAGCAGCUACAAAAGGAUUACUUGAAGGACCUGUUGGAGGGUGGGAGGAAAUGAAUGGUUAGCAACCAUGACAAAUGUAGAACAUAACUUUUUCAGGCCAUAGUUUACCCACAGUCCAAUGUAUUCUUGGGGUUAAAGUAGUCAAGGUCAUUCUAUUACCCGGGUAUAGGACAGACUAUGGUAAUGGUAAUGGUUUUAUUUCAUUAAAACAUGCAUCAGAUUACAAUUGAGUGCAUCCCAUAAUCAGUUCACGUUCACCCCUCCAUCUGGUACUUUUACAAUCAGUAACUUACAUUUGUUCACUUCCUGCUUUCCAUAAUACAGUUUAAGGUUUUUAGUUUUUUUUUUUGAUUUUUUUAAUUUUGUUCACUUCCUGCUUUCCUAAUAUAGUUUUUUUUUUGUAUUUAUUUUUAAAUUAAAUUUAUUUAAUUUUUUUAUUUUUAUUUUUUGUCACUUACCAAAGUAGGAGGUGAUAUGAGCAUCCAAUGCCAUAAUGCCAUAGUAAGUGUCAAUAUAGUGACAUAUAUAGCACAUCAUGACUGGUUCAAGACUCUUCAUCCUUGUAUUUAGCAAACAUCAACUGCUUGUAUUGUUUCUUGAAUUGGCUCAUCGUUGUGCAUUGUUUGAUUUCCUUACUCAAUCCAUUCCAUAGUUUGAUUCCACAUACUGAAAUGCUAUGGCUAGCAUAAUGUAGUCCUAGCAUAGAAGUGUUUCAAAUGUACUUCUUCCCUGAGAUCCUAUUUCUCCUCUCUUGUAGAGAAGUAUUGGAUGACAUUUUUAGCUAAUUGGUUAUUUUUAGCCUUAUGCAUUAUUUUAGCUGUUUGAAGAUGAACUAUAUCAGCAAGUUGAAGUAUUUGUGAUUUUAGAAAGAAGGCGUUAGUAUGUUCUCUGAAUUAUCCUUACUGACCUUUUUUGCAGUACAUUUAGCGAGUGAAGAUUGCUUUUAUAGUUAUUAGCCCAUAUUUCCACACAAUAAGUAAGAUAUGGUAGAACCAGAGAGCAAUAAAGAGUGUGGAGUGAUUUCUGAUUGAGAACUAAUUUUGCUUUGUUCAAUACUGAAAUAUUUCUGGCCACCUUAUGUUGUAUAUUUGUAAUAUGAGGUUUCCAGCUCAUAUUUUCAUCUAUUGUGAUCACCAGAAAUUUAUUUUCCUUCACCCUUUCAAUGUCCACACCGUCUACUAGGCCAUUUUAUUCCACCCGAGACAGAUUAUACCCCGUAUAAAAUGUUUUUUUUUUAUAUUAAAAAGGCGACCAUUGCGUCCUUGGAUAUCAUUUGAGCUGCAAUUUUUCAU